AGGCAAGAUUUUUGCACAUCCAAAACUACAAACUUGCAAAACAAAUGAAUGUGGCAAAUGGCAUUGAAAAUAUGUUUCAUCGUUGCAGAUUGAAUGUAACAUUUGUUCACCAACUAGUGAUCAUGGCAUGAAAAUACAAACACCUAUGCCCGCUCCACCGGAGGCGUUGCCUGAGAAAGAGGAGGCCCCUGUCACCACGACUCUCAACGGUGGAGGAGGAGAAGAGGAGGAGACGAGAGAGGGAGGAGGGGCCAUGUACCCGCCGCCUUGUCAGCAAAGAAGCAGGAGGCUUGCGGCCACCGCCACACCGCCGGUGGAGGGGGCAUGCGAUCUACUAGAUUACGUACCAAAAAGUGGUUGGAGGCAUGGAAGUCGUGUGAGAAGUGCACGGGGGAGAGGAACAUGGUCGAUAAACAUGGAACCAUGCCAAAAACAUGGGCCCAGAAGAAACAAUGACCAUUGGACAUCUGAAGAGGUGAAAGAACUAGUGGAUGGCAUAUCUGCAUAUGGGGCUAGCCAAUGGGCUAAGUUGAAGAACGAAAAGUUUCCAAUAUCAGUUCGAACGGCGGAGCAUCUUAAGGAUAAGUGGAGAAACCUAGUGAAAGCCUUCACGGGAAAUGUGAAAAGAAGGACCUCGCCUCGUCUAGAUAGGGAUUGCGUUGAAAAGAUCAAGAGCCUAGCAGCUGAUUACCCUCGAAAAUGAAGCUGCACUGGCGAAUGGUACAAGAAAGGUCAUAUGGUACUUCUGGUGUAGCAAUGGCCCAGCAACAAUAGUUAUGUUGUUUUUCAAGAAGUGGGAAGCAUAGGCUGUCAUAGUAAGUGUGUCGAGAGUAGAGAGUAGAUUGAACCAUCUGGAUGGAGCAGUUUCUAUCUCCUGCCUAACUGCCCUGUGAAUGGGAAUAUCACUCGCUCCUCCGACCUUCUGGCUUGCCGGUUUUGCUACAGUGCUGUAAUUAGGUUGACCUUUCAUUUAACACCAUGGCACAGUGUGCUGUAAUUUUACACACAC